AUGAGUUCAAACGAGGAUAUACCCCCUAGAAGGGUAAGAGAAAAUGUGGGAAUGCCCCCACCAGCAGCUGCCCCCUGCAGCUCGGCAUCGACCUCACCACCACCACAGAAGAGGUGGCAUGCAGAUGAUCACUCAGUUGUCGAGAGAGAUGGCCACCAUGGCCGCAAACAUGAGGGACAUUGUCAGCCAAAACAUGGCCAUGAGAGAACUCAUGGCCCAAAUGCAGAGCCAGCGAGCCCCGCGAAAUCGAGGCACAGGCAACAGCAACAGCAACAGCAACGAGAACCCCGGAAUAGACCACAGCCCCUACCUCCAAUGACUCAUCAGCCGAAGGAAAGGCAUAAAAAUGUCCCCCACGCUGUUCAGCCUAGAAAUAGGCACCAAAGGAAGGAAGAUGAGGCUAGGACUCAAGCUAGACCCUCUCAUCAACCACCCAGGUAUGAGGCUGAAGAGAACAAUGACUCAGAUGAGCAGCAGAGGUCUUGUGACUUGGACAACGACGAUGAAAAUCUCUCAUUUUCAAGGGAACUGAAAAAUGCCCAGGUUUCGAACCACUAUGUGAUGCCUAAAAUACCAAAGUAUGAUGGGAGAAGCGACCAGGAGAAAUACCUGAGCGCUUAUAAAACUCAUAUGAGCCUUCAAGGUGCCAACCCAACUGUGAAAUGUAGAGCUUUUCAUUUAACACUUAGUGGAGCGGUUGAAAUCUGGUAUAGUCGACUGCCACCUGGGAGCAUAAAGAAUUGGCCAUAG